AUUAUGUAAGAUCAAUAAAAGAUUGUCCUACUUACCAAUCAACUAGAGGAACUCAGGAAGUUAAAUAAGGAUUAGAAGGAAUUGAUAUUUCAAUAUGAGGAAUAGAAUGGAGCUGCUGAAAGUAUUUAAAUAAUACCUAUAAUAAGAGAAGAUCAAUGCUUUAAAUUAAAUACAUCAAGAUAAGGUUCGUAAUCUUAUGAAUUCGAUCACCCUCUUGAAAAAGGAGAAUGCACAAUUGAAAAACAUGAAUAAGGAACACAAAAGAUCACAAUUAAUUGAGUAACUGAAUCAAGAGAUUGCAGAUUAAGAUCUAGUUAUUUAAACAUUGCGUUCCAUUGUCAACAAUGAUUAAAGAUGUGACAAUCAAAUUAUUGAGGCAUUGAACAAAGGACCUCCAAAGAUCAAGGCUUUAACAAGAGAAGAAUUGAAAAUUGAAAACAAGAGGUUAGAUAAUUAAUUGAGAGCCCUCAAAGAAUAGAUGAACAAAAAAUAACAAGAGUUGAUGCAAUCUGAGCAAAGUGAAAAUGCUAGUACAUUCUCUAUGGAUGCCCAAUUUGAAGUGCACACCAAGAAAAUAGCUCAAUUAACUGAAGAUAACUCUAAUUUCAAAGCCGAAAUUGCUGCUUUAUAAGACAAGAAUUUCAAAUUGGAAGAAACAUUAGAUGAAAAAAGUAGAUAGAUUACAGUUUUGAAUGAAUAAAAAGGCCAAUUAGUUAUACUAACCAAAAAAUAUGAAUAACUUCAAAAAUUGAUGGAAGAUUACAAAAAAAGAGAAAAUCAAUAAGAAUUCCAUGAUAUCACUAAAGAAGUUGAUAUUGAAGAAUAGAAGAUGCUUAAUAAGGUUUAGGAGACCAAAUUAGAAAGCGUGGAAAAAUAAUUGAGAGCAGAAAUUGAUAUAAUAAAAUUAGAAAAGCAAGGAGUGUAAAGAGAUUUAGAGAAUAAAUCUACUGAAUUAGGAAAAGCAAUUAAGAAGAAUUAAUAAUUAGAGAAGAGAUUAAUGGAAUAAGAAAAGGAAUUGAAUGCUAAAUCGUAAUAACAUUAAUAUUAAUUAUUAGUAAAGAAUUGAGAGAGAGAAUAGAAGAAUUCUCCAAAAAGGAAGCCGAUUAUUUGGCUUAACUUAGUUAAUUGAAAUAAUCAUUAGCUUAAAAAGAAAAUGAAAUUUCACAAAACUUAUUAGAUUAGGGAUAGUUGAAAGCCACCAUCACUAAAUAAGAACAAGAUAUAGAAUAAUUGUAAGCUAAAUUAUAGAGAGCAGGAGCAUAUAAGCAAGUUGAUGACAUCUCUUAUGAUGUAAAAAUCAACAAGGAAAUCUAAAAUAAAUUAAAGUAAUAAACUAUUUCAGAUGAUCCAAAAGUUUUGAAACAGGCUCUAAAAUAAUAAUAACAAUACUAUGAAUAAGUUAUUUCAGUUUUGUAAUAAAGAGUGUUGUAAUAAAAAUAAGAUAACCUAUCUGAUGUAAGUUCAAAUAUCUCUAAAUUAAUAAAACAAGAAGAUAAUUAAGAAAUAGAUAUGUUAAGUUCAGACAUUUCCUAAUUUGAAAAGAAGUAAUAGGACUAUGAUGUGGAUUCAAAUAUUGAAGAUCAAAAUAUCCCUUCCGAUAUUCAUUCUUCAGUUACAUCAAUUUUAAAUGCUCCAAAACCAAGCAAAAAAUAAAUUGACUCUAACUUUUCUAGGUUUGAAUCUAUGAAAUCCUCCGACAUUGAUAAGAUAUCAUCUAAUCUAUCAGACUAAUAAAAUGCUUCAUUAUCCAAAGUCAGUUCUAAUUUGUCAAAAAUAUCUUUUACUUCAUCUAUGCAAAGAGCGGUAAAAAGAUAUUGAAUAACAUAAUACAAAUAUCCAUAUAUAUCAUAAC